CUCCGCCUGCUGCCGCGGGAGGACGCAGCCGGGCAGCAUCCCGGGCUGCAGCUCUCUGUGGCCGUGGGGCGGGAGCCGGAGUGCGUUCGCUUUCUGCCGCCGGGCAGCUCUAUGCUCAGCCCCGGGAAGCAGGGACCUAGCAGAAGGCAGAGCGCAAGCGCCCCUCGCCUCCUGUCUGCAGGGUCAAGCAUGAGAGAGGAUGAGCCAGAGACCCACCCUGGUGCAUCUCUUUGCUGGAGGAUGUGGGGGUACUGUUGGUGCAAUUCUGACAUGUCCGCUGGAAGUUGUGAAAACACGGCUGCAGUCCUCCUCUGUUACUCUUUAUAUCUCUGAAGUUCAUCUCAGCACUGUGAAUGGUGCUAGUGUCAAUCGAGUAACGAGAGUAUCUCCUGGACCUCUCCAUUGCUUGAAGAUGAUCUUGCAAAAGGAAGGUCCUCGAUCUCUGUUUAGAGGGCUAGGUCCUAAUUUGGUAGGCGUUGCUCCUUCCAGAGCAAUAUACUUUGCUGCUUACUCAAAUUGCAAGGAAAAGUUGAACAAUAUUUUUGAGCCAGACUCUACCCAGGUACACAUGAUUUCAGCUGGAGUGGCAGGUUUUACUGCAAUCACAGCGACCAAUCCUAUUUGGUUAGUAAAGACACGAUUACAGCUUGAAGCAAGGAAUCGUGGAGAAAAGCGAAUGAGUGCUUUCGAAUGUGUCCGAAAAGUCUAUCAUUCUGAUGGAAUUAAAGGCUUUUACAGAGGAAUGUCAGCAUCCUACGCAGGCAUAUCUGAGACUGUUAUUCAUUUUGUUAUUUACGAGAGUAUUAAGCGAAAACUACUGGAAUUUAAGACUGCUUCUAGUAUGGAUGAUGAGGAUGAAUCUGUAAAAGAAGCUUCAGACUUUGUUGGAAUGAUGAUGGCUGCUGCAACUUCCAAAACCUGUGCCACAUCUAUAGCAUAUCCACAUGAGGUUGUACGAACAAGACUACGUGAAGAGGGAACAAAAUACAGAUCUUUCUUCCAGACACUGUCUUUGCUUGUGCGAGAAGAAGGCUAUGGAUCCCUCUACCGUGGUCUAACUACACAUCUAAUCAGACAGAUUCCAAACACAGCUAUAAUGAUGUCCACCUAUGAAGUGGUAGUCUACUUACUCAAUGGAUAGCAGUGUUACAAGGCUGUCUCUAGGACGUUGAAAGACCAAAAGAUUUCAGUGGACCACCAAAUAUCAGUGCCAGUGUGGUGGGCAGAAGAAAAAUAUUGAUCAGGAGCAGGCAGCUAUGGAUGAAACAGAAGA